UACUUUCUCAGGAUACUGCCCCUCUCCUAGAGAGGAACCUGAAGGAGGAGGACAGAAGAACUCAUAAACUCUUACAUUUUUAAAGCCAUGUCCAAGGAUUUGGUGACAUUUGGGGAUGUGGCUGUAAAUUUCUCUCAAGAGGAAUGGGAAUGGCUGAACCCUGCUCAGAGGAACUUAUACAGGAGGGUGAUGUUGGAGAACUAUAGGAGCCUAGUGUCACUGGGAGUUUCUGUUUCUAAGCCAGAUGUGAUCUCAUUAUUGGAACAAGGAAAAGAGCCUUGGAUGGUGAAGAAGGAGGGAACAAGAGGCGCAUGCCCUGAUUGGGAGUAUGUAUUUAAAAGCCGUCAAUUUUCGUCAAAGCAAGAUAUUUAUGAAGAGUCCAAAGUAGUGACAAUGGGAAAAAGUCAUUUUAGUUAUACCCUUGAGUGCAACAGGUUGAGAAAAGACUGUGAAAGUGAGGACUGGUUUAAGAACCAGUUCAGAAGUCAGGAGAUACAUCCUAGUCAAUUAAUCAUCACUCAUAAAGAAUUCCUCCCAGAAGAUCAAAUUGAAGAAUAUAAUAAAUCUUGGCAAACAUUCCAUCAGAAUGCAGUCCUUGAUAUACAACAGCGUUUUCCCACCAAAGAAAAAGUACAUAAGCAUGAGCCACAAAAGCGAAGAUAUCGAAAAAACUCUGUUGAAAUGAAACAUAAAAAAGUCUAUGUAGAAAAGAAACUUUUAAAAUGUAAUGACUGUGAGAAAGUCUUCAACCAGAGCUCAUCCCUUACUCUUCAUCAGAGAAUUCAUACUGGCGAGAAACCCUACACAUGUGUUGAGUGUGGGAAAACCUUCAGCCAGAGUGCAAACCUAGCUCAACAUAAAAGAAUACAUACUGGGGAGAAACCCUAUGAAUGUAAAGAAUGUAGGAAAGCCUUCAGCCAGAAUGCACACCUUGCCCAACAUCAGAGAGUUCAUACUGGAGAGAAACCUUAUCAGUGUAAAGAAUGUAAAAAAGCCUUUAGCCAGAUUGCACACCUGACUCAACAUCAGAGAGUUCAUACUGGAGAGAGACCUUUUGAGUGUAUUGAAUGUGGAAAGGCCUUUAGUAAUGGUUCAUUUCUUGCUCAGCAUCAGAGAAUUCAUACAGGAGAGAAACCUUAUGUAUGUAAUGUUUGUGAGAAAGCCUUUAGCCAUCGUGGAUACCUAAUUGUUCAUCAGAGAAUUCAUACUGGAGAGAGACCCUAUGAAUGUAAGGAAUGUAGGAAAUCCUUCAGCCAGUAUGCACAUCUUGCUCAACAUCAGAGAGUUCAUACUGGAGAAAAACCUUAUGAAUGUAAAGUAUGUAGGAAAGCCUUCAGCCAGAUUGCAUAUCUUGAUCAACACCAGAGAGUUCAUACUGGAGAAAAACCUUAUGAAUGUAUUGAAUGUGGGAAGGCCUUUAGCAACAGUUCAUCGCUUGCACAACACCAGAGAAGUCAUACUGGAGAAAAACCCUAUAUGUGUAAAGAAUGUAGGAAAACAUUUAGCCAGAAUGCAGGCCUUGCUCAACAUCAGAGAAUUCAUACUGGAGAGAAACCUUAUGAAUGUAAUGUUUGUGGGAAAGCCUUUAGUUAUAGUGGAUCUCUUACUCUACAUCAGAGAAUUCAUACUGGAGAGAGACCCUAUGAAUGUAAAGAUUGCAGGAAAUCUUUCAGGCAGCGUGCACACCUUGCUCAUCAUGAGAGAAUUCAUACUAUGGAGUCAUUCUUGAAUCUUUCCUCUCCUUCACCCUCCACAUCCAAUCAGUUGCCAAGACCUAUAGGUUUCAUCUCCUAAAUAUGCCUGGAAUCUGACCCCUCUAUUCACUUGCAUUUCAACAUCUUUGUUCAAUGCACAUUAAUAUAUUUGACAUGGAAUAUGGAAGUAGUUUUCUAGUUGCUUUCCCUGUAUUCACCAUUGUUUUUGUCAUUUGUCCACCUUGCAGCCAAACUUGUAUUUUAAAAAACUAAGUUUAAUCCCAUCAUUUCUCUCAUAAAAAUUCCCCAGUGGUAUCCCAUAGUUCUUAAGUUAAAGUACACAUUCCUCAAAAUCACCUAAAAGACCCUCUACCAAUACCUUGUUCCAGACUACCUUCUGAAGCCCUCAUGUCACUAUCCAUCUCAUUCCCUCGAUACUUAUCCAGAAUGAAGAAUGCGUAUUCGAGCAUCAGAUGGAUCUGGGUUCCAAUUCUUGCCCUUCCAUUUUCUAGUCCUCUAGUUUUGGGGGAGCAUUCUGUAUUUUGUAAGCUUCAAUCUUAGGGUAAUAAUAAUGUUACUACCUCAAAAGUUAAUGGAAGAAUUAAAUGAAAUAAUGCAUGUAAAUUGCUCAGCAGAGUGCCUAGCAUAAAGUCAUAACCCAACUAUUAAUGUAAAAUAAAAAGAUAUGAUAUAAAAAAGCGAUAAUCUAAAAUAAACAGCAGCACAGGAUGGGAAGAUUGUAAUGAUUUUUGAUUAGGAAUAGCAGUCAUUAAAGGUAGGUGAUGAAGGUAUCUGAUGCAGUAGGAUUGACAUUAGAUUCCAUGAAGUAGGGUAAGAUGGUGGCUUCUAUUCAGCAUGAACAUAUAGUAGAAAACUUCAUUGAAUAUUUAUCGGUGUUAAGUAGACAGAUUUUUAAAACAUCACCUUUAAUAAAAACAGACAGGAUUUACUGAGAUGUAUUCAUCAUUUACAUGUAAGCAAAGGCAAAAUAGAAAUGAAAAAAAACCCCACAAAACUUGAAAAGAUAAGCAACCAAUGAAGAACAGAAAAUAAAGUGUAGGUUUGAGGUUCUGUCCUAAUUCUUGGUGAGUGAAUUGCAUCCAAACUAUGUCAUUUAAACUAGAAAAAGUUGUUAAAUUGCUAAAAUUCCAAAACUAUAGGAGGAAAGACCAAUACAAUAGGCCACAGUCAAAUUGCCCACAAACAUCUUUGAUUUGAUAUGCAUUGAGUAAAAUAAAUAUGAAAACCUUUAGGAGAGCAUUUAUGUUUUCCAGGUCUCAAAAGUUCAAACUACUCCCUGUUGCCUUACAUUUGACCUGUUUUACUCUUUAUAUUACUUCCUAAAUCCUGCAGGUUUCAGUAUGUAAUCAGUGCAAUAACCAAUUCACAUAUGACUAUAGAUACAAAUAGAAUAACGAAAUUUUAAUGGAGCAUGAAAAGGAAGACUGGAAUAGACAUUUUAUUCUCUUCUAUGGUAAGUAUACAGAUGUCAGUAGCCCAUACGUUGACCUACAGAUUCUUUGUACCUAAGAAAAUUCUAAGACUAAUUUUUCAAGGUUUGAAACAUGUGCAAGUAAACAUAUACAUGUAUACAUUUCUACGGAAACACUGAAAAUGCAUAAUAAAAGUAACAUUUCACAUCAGUGGUUUUA